AUGCCUCGCCCAUUAGCCUCAGCCGUGCUCGGGGCUGUCGCCGUGACAGCCUCGUUGAUCUUGUUGAUCCUUCACAUUAUCCUCGCACUACCUCGCUCGAACCCCACAUCACCAACCCGGAUCACUGCGAUAAUAUCAUCCCUUUUGGAGUCGGCGGUGCUGGCCCUGUUAUCGUGGAUCCUCUUCAUUUCUAACAAGAAAGACAACUCAAGGACAGUCAACGGACUUGUGUUUGGCUCCUGUGUUGUUCUCUGCGUCGUCGCGGCUGCACUGACAAUCGCAACACUUAUCUCCCUGUCCAGCAGCGCAGCACUCGGAGACAGCACGUUGGGAUUCCUCGGUGGAGCGGCCGCACUGCUGGUGUUGUCCUUUGUGGCCCAGCUACUUUUCCUGGUCGUACGUUUUAUCGCUGAUCGCACGCAAGAGGAGGGCCAGCAAGACUCGCCCAGCAUGUUGGAAAUUGGUCGCCGUUCGCCUUCAAGCCGGGUGAAAACUGUGCCAUAUUCGAGAACGAGCCCGGCCGAGUCCGCCACGCGAAACGUCUCCAUCGACUCCAAAAGUCCCCCAUCAUCCAGCGGCGGGUUCUCCGCCACAGGAACAAUCUCGUCUAUGGCUUCGUCAUUGACCAACGUCGUACGCCCGAUUUCUUCAAAGACGAGGCUGUUGUCCGGCAGCCGGAGCCUCCGCAGUCAAAGGAGCCAACGCAGCCAACGCCGUGCUCCAUCUCUCGAAUCCAUUGAAUCCAGCGGCUCAGCGGAACGUGGCGUCGGGGAGAGCUUCGACUCGUGGGAUACAUCGUCUGUCGACCCACAGAACCGCCAGACCGUACUUGAAUCGUCGUCACCUGCUACCCCAGGUCGAUUCCUGGAGACGAUUCCGGCCAGUCCCACCACCAGUCGGAGUCCGAGCCCCGGGACUCCACUGGACCUCGAGCCUCCUCGCCUGAGAAGGCGUAGCCGCAGCUUCAGCCCGGCAUCCACGCGCACUCAACCCCCGGCGCCGCCACAGCGGGCCUUUACUCAACAGGCGUCGGCCAGCGAGUCGCACAUCCAUCCACUAUUCCGCUCGGAUUCGCCGACCCCGCCACCACUGGCAAGUCCCGGGACCGUGGUCAUCGCGGCACCUCAAGCCGGCCUCUUAAUCUCCGACCGCCAGUCCAUCCGCAGCUUGAGCCGCAUGCGAAGCGACAGCCUGCCGGUGGCCUCGAGCCCGCUGACAAGGACAGGCUCGUUCGACACAUUUGGCGACGCGAACAAGAGCUUCAGCAUGGCAAGCGACGGCAGCAAGUCCGAGGACUCAGGAGACGCGGGCGAGGCACCGGAACGAAACGUCACGCCGCCAAUCCCUGAUUAUAUCCUCAACGCCGGAUCCAGCACGAGCCUGCAUGCAUACCAAACACGGAAGACGCAGAGCAGAGAAGGCCCUUCCGGUCCGGGGCUAGCUGCUCUGGAGGCUUGGUAA